UUGGGUGGGAACUUGGGCAUCAUUUUUUCUACUCUUGCUCUUGGGAAGACCCAUAUUUAACUGAUCUCUAAACCAGGAUUGUAUACCUUUGAGGCAGAAAACACCCUCAGGAGGAGGAAAGAUAAGCAAAUCUGAUUUGGCAAGGUGUGUUUCCAAAAAAUAUCUCAGUUUAAGUCACUCAGACACACUUCCUCUCUCCUCUCCCUUCUGUCCCCUUGGCUCUUGGCCUUUCCCUCAGCUUUCUCCAAUGCCUCACUUUUUCCCUUCUUUUAACCCUCUUGCUUAGGUGCUUCCUUUCCUUUCACAAAAAAGCAGGUAUCCUACUUCCACUUGCUUCACCCCUGGCCCUCCCCUCCUCUCCUAGCCAAACUGGUUUGAGUCAGCCACACCCCCUUCCCAGCUCCUGGGGCUAUUCAGAUGGUGGCUGGCCACCCUACCCCACCCCUGGGCUUGGCUUGGAGCCCUGAGUCAGCUCUACCGCCCAAGCCAAAUCAAACCUGAGGCAGGAGCCGAAACUCACAGUCCCUCAAGACUUAUAGCCAGGUAAGAGCCCCUGUUCAUGUUUAUAUUUCUGAUCUGGACACCUUGGCCCCUUGGGUUCUUCUCCCGCUGCUGACUUGGCAUCUGUGUUUUCCUCAUCUGACUUUUCUUCAGUACCUAUUCCCCUGCAGCUUUGUGACAUAUCAUUUUAUUGCUCUCUACUUGUCUUGCCUUUUUUCACCCUUUUGUCUUGUUACUAUGUGGAACUACAGGUGGUUUCAUUUUGUCCCAUCUAAAGGGAAAUGAUAGAACAUUAGGGUGGAAAAGUGGUUGAUGCUGGAGCUUUGAGGGCCUGAGAAAUAGGGAGGUGAGAAAUUAGUAAGUAGGUCAUCAUUAUGCAGGUUUCUGUAUGGAUAAUGAGGUCAUUUGGACUCUGUUAAUCUGAUUGUGUUGUGUGGUUUGGGUUAAAAUGGAGAGAGGAGGUGGCAAGGAGGCAUAGAAAAGGAGGCCCCAAUUUGGGGGAAUAAGGUCUUAUGUUCAGUUUCUUCGGCUGUGGGGGGAAAAAUGUGAAUUUUUCCUUUUCCAUUCCCAGAUGUGAGGUGGUAUUUGUUUUGUUUUGCUUUGUUUUUUGGUACUGGGGAUUGGACUAGGGCGCAGCACAUGCUAAAUAAGCACGCCACCACUGAGCUACAUCCCCAGACCCCCACCCCACCCCUGUUUUUCAGUCUUUUUAUUUUGAGACAAGAGUCUGAUUUUCCCAGACUGCCUCAAAUUUGUGAUCCUCUUGUCCCAGUCUCUGGAAUAACUAUGAUUACAAGUGUGUAUGAACCAGCCAGAAUUUUUUUUUCAUGUGAAAUUGCAGCUUGCUUGAAGUGGAGUAUAGAGCUUAGGGUCCUGCUCUCUGGUUCCUCAAUACUCAAAGGCAGCCUCUGGGGAACUUCAGGGGACUUUAGAACCCUUUGAAGUACAGUUUUAAAUCACUUAGCCUUAAGCUUUCAAGAUUUUGUUUCUUCCGCUUCUAGGUAUGCAUUUGUCAUUUUGCUUUUCCCAACUUGUUAAAACAGUAAUAUGUUCACACUUGAUUGCCUUCAGAGACUUAGAAUCUUAAGCUGAAGGAAAAGGAUUCUAGCCACACAUUUACUCUCCUAUUCUGAGUCACUAGAGGAAUUUCCCAGUAGGGCAGCAUUCCUGAGAGUUGGGCUAGGCCAUGAGGACAGCAUUCUCUGAGGGGUGGAGUCAGAGCAAGCCAGGCCAGGAGCUCAUGUGUUGGGCUUACAAGUACCUUGACUGUAUCGCCCACAGGUGAUGGAGGACGAGGAGAAGGCAGUGGAGAUCAUGGUGAGCAACACGGGAGCUGCUCAUUCUCCAUCCCCCAUCCGCUGCUGCUGGCUCCGCCUCCGCUACUUGGCAGCUACUAGCAUUAUCUGUGGCUGCUCUUGCCUGGGAGUCAUGGCUCUUGUGUUUGCCAUCAAGGCAGAAGAGCGGCAUAAGGCAGGCCGGUCCGAGGAGGCAGUACACUGGGGGGCCCGGGCCCGGAGGCUCAUCCUGGCCAGCUUUGCUGUCUGGCUUGCUGUCCUUAUUCUGGCCCCCCUGCUGCUAUGGCUGCUCUCCUACGCCAUCGCUCAGGCUGAGUGACCCUGGGUGGCCUCUGCUAAGAGUCAGCUGAGACCUGGAUCCAACAGUUUGGUGACAGCAGUGGUCCUUCCUGGCAGGAAGGAUGGUGUCUCUCCCAAGGGCCUUUGGAAGAGCUCUCUUAGCCCGUUAUAAAAGGAGAGCAGCAGCUGAGACUGAUGAAGGGAGGUCAGCCUGCUCUGUUCUUUUAGUGCCCUCCACCUUCUAUCUCCCUACCCUGCUCCAUCCCAGGGCCUCUACCCAGAGGAGGGGUUGAAGACCAGGCCUGAUUUUAUUAGAAUUUGUUUUGUAAUAAAAAUCUUUUUUGGUGGUAAAAUG